GGUGUAACCCGCUGUCAGUCGGCCGGAAGACAUCAAGUUCUUCAGUUCUUUGUACGUUCCGCGUUUGUGUUGAAGGUUUCUGGUUAUUGCCUGAUCUGCAGAAAUGCCGGCUAGGAACAAGGAGCAGGAGGGCGAAGUCCUCCAGUGGAUCGAGGAAGUGACAGGAGAGAAGCUACCCUCACAGCCAUAUGAAGAUGUUUUGCGGGAUGGCGUCAUCCUCUGUAACCUCAUAAACAAGAUCGCGCCAGGUUCCGUCAAGAAGAUACAAACCAAGGGUACUAACUUCCAACUCAUGGAAAACAUACAGAGAUUCCAAGCAGCUCUGAAGAAGUAUGGCGUACCAGAGGAGGAGAUAUUCCAAACCGCAGACUUAUUCGAAAGGAGGAACAUCCCGCAAGUUACUCUGUGUCUGUAUGCUCUCGGCAGACUUACUCAGAAACAUCCAGAAUAUACUGGACCAAGACUUGGACCCAAAAUGGCUGAAGAGAAUAAGAGGGCAUUCACAGAGGAUCAGCUCCGAGCUUCAGAAGGUCACCUUAAUCUGCAGAUGGGCUUCAACAAAGGAGCUUCUCAGUCUGGACAUGGAGGCUUUGGAAAUACCAGACACAUGUAGAAGGCAGGAGCGGAGAACAGAGGAAUGACUUCUCAGAGUGGCAAGAGCACAAAACAAGUUAGAUUUAUUUAACGCUCUUUCACAGGGAGAACAUCAAUUUCAUCUGAACGUACAUUUCAAUAAGAGUAUCAAAUAUCCUCAUUUUUAACUUGAGAAUUAAAAAAAUUAAAUGACCUAUAAAACCCUAUGUUUUCUCAAAGACUAGUUUUGUUCUAUUGGCCAAACUAGCAAUCACAGAAGAGAAAUUUAUUCAAUGAACAGCGUUUCCUUUGAAAGUACAUACUUACACAACUGAUUAAUAAGUUCUUGUCUUCUUUUUUUUUUUUUUUUGGACUCAAAAUAACCAUAAUUGUGUUCACGAAAUUCGGCGACUAAAAUUUAUCCUAGAUGAAUGAAUAGUUUUAAUAUUUUCCAACCGCCCGAAACUACGUUUAGCAAAUUCUAUCACUUCACAUUAAAUUUUCCUCGUAAACAAUUUUGUAUGCAUUUAUCAUUUCCCUAAAGAUUUCCAUAUGGUCUACUCAACCCACUCGGAAGUACCACAUAAAUAAAAUAAGGUGCAAGUCAAGUCAGGCAUCAGAACCAUAACAAUGAAAUAGUUUUAAUAAAAUGCAUUAGGCCUACAAUAACAAUGUUACACAAAAUAGUUUUCUUAACUCUUUCGUAUUUUGGUCUCAGAACUAAGGGCUACUUCAGAAGAAAAUGAGGUUGAUGUUUAGUUUCUCUCUUUUUGAUUUCCUCAAACCAUUCAAUUUACAAUUUCCUUCAUUUUCCAAUAAAAUAAUAAUAAUUUCCGCUUUCUUUCAUGCUGACUGAAACCCUUCUGAGGAGACAUUCAUCAGUUGUACAAAGUAAUGACGCUGACAAUCACGAUGACAACUGAAUGAAGUCAGCAAAUAAGCCGGCUGUUUCAGGACAAGAACAGAGGCAGAACUAAUCUUUCAUGAGCUCUUGACAAGAGCAAACAUUUGCACUCAGUUUGCGGAAACAAGAAAGAAAAUUGUAUCACCAAAUGUUAUGAUAUCUGUACAUUUUAACAAAGUAAAUAUACAGAAUUAGUCUUUUCA